UUGGCUGUAGCAUGUCCUCUCGCUCGGGCCUGACGGGCAGGGGGGGGUUAUUGUGUGUGUGAGGCUUGCAGUGCGCGGUACCGGCGACAGAGCAGAGCGUAGAUACCGGGCAACUUCUUACGGAUUUUCCCACGGCGACGCUCGGACCCCCAGAACAUGGCUGGUGGUAAGGCUGGCAAAGAUAGCGGGAAGGCCAAGGCCAAAGCAGUAUCUCGCUCUCAAAGAGCAGGCCUGCAGUUUCCCGUGGGUCGUAUCCAUAGACAUUUGAAGACCCGUACUACAAGUCACGGACGGGUCGGUGCUACAGCAGCAGUGUACAGCGCUGCCAUCCUGGAAUAUCUUACUGCUGAGGUAUUGGAGUUGGCAGGAAACGCCUCUAAGGAUCUGAAGGUGAAGCGUAUCACUCCUCGCCACUUGCAGUUAGCCAUCCGUGGGGACGAGGAGUUGGACUCCCUCAUCAAGGCCACCAUUGCAGGCGGAGGAGUCAUUCCCCACAUCCACAAGUCUCUGAUUGGAAAGAAGGGACAACAGAAAACUGCAUAAGGAAACAGUAUCCUGCUGCCCUCUACUCUUGUACUGUAACUGGGACAGAAGAUAAAACAAUGGGGAUAUGUGGAAUUUGUUUUUGUUUAUUUUCAUUUAAUUUUUUUUUUUUUUUAAAAGAGAACUAGUUAAAUGGAAGAGCAUAGACACCAGAGUGUAGAGUUAAGAAAACAUUUGUAUGUUCUUUAGGUUCAAAGUUUAAAGAAAACAAUUCAUUGAGUCCUGUGACUGAAAUCUGUGUGUUGAUUGGCUAGGUUUCCUGUGUGUUUUAUACAAAAAUGGAACAGAUAAACCAUUUUUUACAUAA